AUGGCGCCCCACGCAACAACACCUCCCCCAAUGGGACACGAGCAACCAGUUCAACAAAUCACUGUCCUCGCAUCUUCAAGAGCUGUAGUUGGUGGUCGCCUUACUGAAGCAACGAUCGUCAUUUCCAAUGUCACGGGCAAGAUUAUAUCAAUCUUCCACUCUGUACUUCCAGCCACAGAUUUCCCAGAGGGAACGGCAUACACGGACUACUCGCCCUACAUUCUGCUCCCCGGUCUUGUAGACGCCCACGUUCAUCUCAACGAGCCAGGUCGAACAGAGUGGGAAGGCUUCUGGACUGGGACACGAGCAGCGGCCUUUGGCGGCGUAACAACCGUCAUUGACAUGCCACUGAACGCUAUUCCGCCCACGACAACAGUCGAGAACCUCAAGAUCAAGUGUGAAGCCUCACAGGGCAAGUGCUGGGUUGACGUGGGAUUCUACGGGGGCAUUAUCCCAGGGAACGCUGGGGAGUUGCAAGCGUUGGUCAAGGAAGGUGUGAGAGGGUUCAAGGGGUUCUUAUGUGACAGUGGUGUCGAAGAAUUCCCCGCCGUUUCCUCCCUCGAUAUCCGCGCCGCCCUCCUCGCCCUAAAGUCCUCCCCCACAACCCUAAUGUUCCACGCCGAAAUGAUUCCCCCAAUCUCAGACUCCGUCGGCGACGACAUCCAAACCUCCGCGCCGCCGCUCGCCCCCAAAGGCCCUCUAAACGCCUACUCCACCUUCCUCUCCUCGCGCCCUCCCGCCUUCGAAACUUGCGCCGUUGCCGAAAUCCUUUCCUUGGCACAUCUCGCUCCGGAGUUGCAACUCCACAUUGUGCAUCUCAGCGCCGUGGAGGCGAUUCCCAUGUUGCGAAAAGCAAGGGCGGAAGGUGUGAAGAUUACGGCGGAAACGUGCUUUCAUUACCUGGCCCUUGCGGCUGAGGGCAUCCAGGAGGGCGACACGAGACACAAGUGCUGUCCGCCGAUACGCUCGCAGAGCAACCAAGAUGGCUUAUGGGAAGAAUUGGUGCAAGAUCGUGACGGCGGUGUGAUUCAAACAGUAGUCAGUGACCAUUCGCCCUGCACACCAGAGAUCAAGCUAUUACCCUCGCAUCUGGAACCAAAUGGCUUAUCUCCUUCCUCGUCAUCAGCAGAUGGAGACGAGAAGCAAAAAGGAGAUUUCUUCAGCGCUUGGGGCGGUAUAUCGAGCGUGGGUCUCGGUCUCCCUAUUCUCUGGACCGAAGGCCGGAAACGCGACCCGGAGAACUUUUCAAUCGAGGAUGUGGUUAGGUGGUGUUGUCGGAAUACUGCCAAGCAGGUUGGGUUGGAGAAGAGCAAGGGAGAUUUGGGGGUCGGGUUUGAUGCUGAUGUUGUGGUUUUUGAUGAUGAGGGGGAGUUUUUGGUCGAACCGUCAACAAUGCUCUUCAGGAAUAAAGUCUCGCCGUACGAGAACAAGACGCUCAAGGGUGUGGUAAGGGAGACGUGGUUGAGGGGUCAGCGUGUUUUUGAGAGGACGGGUGGGUUUGCGGAGAAGGUGGGGCCGCAGGGGAAGUUGUUGCUUGAGGCUAGGAAGUGAGUGAAGGUGGGUAGAUGGUGUGGGAUGGGAGUUUUCGAGCAUGGACACUACGGCAUAGAGCAUGCGUGUGUGUUUUUUCUUUUUGGUCGGGAAUGCAUAGAUGGCGUUCGGGUCUGGGGGUAUUAAGCGUUGGCAUAUAGAUACUGAAAUGAAGUACGACGACAAUACAUGCAUAUAUCAAAGACACUAC